CCGGAAGGCGGAAGUGCUGGGAAAUCACAUACGGGGGAUUAUCGGUGCUGCCAGGCCGAUAUGCUGAGCGCAGGCACGGAGAGUUUAUUGCGCCAGGCCCGGGAGUUGGGGCAGGAGGAGCUGCAGAAAUUCUGCGUUCGGACGGGGGCGCUGCUGGACAGGACUGGGCACAAUGCGGAUAUAAUGGAUAGUCUGAGGCGGCUGCACCUGGUAGUGGCGGCCGGGGGCCACCGAGACUUGGAUCCGGCCUUUGUGGGGAAGUUACAAGAGCUCGUGGGCUCAGACGGGGGCUCCGGGCAGAUUCGGGCACUGGGGGCCGCCAUUUUGUGUCACUUGUGCCCCUCCCCCCUGAUUAACCUCAGACCGGACUUGGGGGGGCUGCAGUGCCCGGUACUUGUAGCUCAGGCCCGGGGAAAAGACCUGCUCGCUAUUGGGCAGCUGCUGUGCCGGAGUCUGGAGAGUCGGGCCCCUGAGGGCCACAAUCUGAGGCCCCUCCUGCCGCUGCUGCUCAGGUUGGAGUUGGAAGAGGAGCAGGAGAAUGUGGUGAAUAAGAAGCUUUGUGAUUGGCUGCGUUAUGCCAGCAGUAUUCAUCAGGGGCCACCACUGGCCAGCGGCUUCUUCCCCAGCCCUCGUGCCAAGCAGCCCGGCCCAGUGUCUGAGGUGGAUGGUGCCACUGCCACGGACUUCUUUACUGUGCUCAGCCACGGGACUCAUUACUCCGAGGAGCAGUGGCUGAAUGUGCUGGGCUUCUCCAUGCUGCGCCCCUGGCUCCUGUGCCACGGCUUUGGGGGGGCCACGUGUGAUGACAAGUCAGAGGUCGAGGGCUCAGUUGUUUCCAUGGUAUCUGCCUCCUCUGCCUCAAGCCGCCUGCUGCCCCCGCGGGAACGGCUACGGGAGAAGGCCUUCGAGUAUUGCCUGCGGCUGGUGGAGCAGAGCAACAGGAAAGCGCUGAGAAAGUCCGACUCGGAGAUGCAAAGGGCUUGUCUGGCCGAGGCGGUGGCACUGCUGGACAUUGUGUGCAAACAAGACGUGUCCUAUCUCUAUCGGGCGCUUCCCCUCCUCAAGAACCUGCACGGGAGGCUCUGCACCGACCUCUCACUGGCCCCUGCUCUCCUGCCCCUCGCCCAGUUCUUCCUCAACCACAGUGAAGUAGCCGCCGUGGACUCGGAAGCCGUGUACAGACAUUUAUUCACCAAGGUGCCCACUGACCUGUACCAUAAGCCACUCUUUGCUUUCCAGUUUGUGAGGUUCUGUAGGACAAACAGCUCGUUCCUGGAAGAGAACGUGGAGGCCUUCAGAGGGAGCUUUCCCAGUCUGCUGAAGUUUCUGGCAUGGAACAGCCCAAUGUUGGUGUCAGAAUUUGUGGCCCUGCUUCCAGCUCUUCUUAGCCCAGAUUCUGCUCUUGAGAUACUUCAUUCUCUGCUUGACCUGCCCUGCCUGACAGCGGCGCUGGAGAUCCAACGUUCAUGCUCUUUAGUCUCAGACAAGACUGUUGUGGACAGUUCUGUGGUCCCAUCCAGCGCUACAGAGGCCUUCAGGCACCCGCUGUGCAGGGACGUGUUUCAGUAUAUUCUGCGUAGUGAGACGUGUCCUGUCCCAGACCCACAACAACUCUCAUUGCUCCACCGAGUCCUGGCAGAGCUGAGCAGCUGCCCCCGCGUGUUGCAAUGUGCAGAUAUAGUCCCGUGUGUGCUUCAGCAGUAUUUCAGUAUUAUUGCCAAGGUUGCAGAUGGUCCUUUGAUCAGUCGGCUGGUUGUGGUGUUGCUUGAGCGCAGUGGGCUCCUCUUUCAAUCACAGGACUAUAAAGACAAGGUGCACAAAGUCCUGAGCUCUCAGCUUCCCCACUUGUGCCACCUGCACCCUGCCCUUGUAGUGGAGCUUUCUCGUCAACUGUUGGACUUUGUGGGUACCGUGAGCAACAUCCAGAGCAAGGAGCCCCUAUUCACAUAUGUGGUGUGGGCUGUUGGUGAAUACGUGUCUAUUUCCUAUGACAAGAGGUGCACCGUGGAGCAGGUUAACAGGUUCUUUGAUGUUAUGGAGACUCUGCUGUUUGAGAUCACACAAACGCGGGGCUCGUCGGGAGUCCCCAGGUCUUCACCACGUGUAAUCACCACACUCAUGACAACCCUAACCAAACUGGCCUCCCGUAGCCAGGACUUGAUCCCAAAAGUGUCUCUGUACCUUUCCAAAAUGAGGUCCUGUGUGCAGAGUUCAGCCAUGAUCUCCAUGUAUGGGGAGGAGGAGAGUGAGCAGAUUCUCAUCAGAGCCACUGAACUCAUGAACCUCCUCAAAGUGCCCAGCGUGGCUCAGUUUGCACUUACACCUUCUCCUGAUGUUAGGAGUCCGGCCUAUCACCGUGCUGUGGCCUCUUCCUUGCCCCUUGCAAUACGUGCCUCCAGCCGCCUGUUACAGAAGGAGGGCACCUCUGUGCCUGGAUGAGGAGCACUCACUCAGGGUUCUCUCUCUUAGAUGCCAUGGGGGACCUUUGUGCCACUUCUAGGAUGCCCUCAUGAGUCAUGCCAAUCAGACAUUCCCUUCCUCUGAAGCUGUGCUGAUCACAUGGUUACUCAGUGUACAAUGGGUCCCCACCUCAAGCACCUACUGUAUGUCACCUUGUGGUGUCCUCUCACAUCUCGAUGGAACUGCUCUCAGACACCAUCCAGGCAGAUAACCAUAUGUGUAGCAAUUACUAUCCCCUCUGUUCUGUUUCAAGCCACUGCCUGGUUGCUAGGGUAAAUGAUACUCUAGCAACCACUUCCUAUUCUAGUCUUUACAGUGUACAACAAAUACAAAUAUGAAGUGCAAAUUGACUGUGCCACUCUGUGCAUCAUAGAAAUGUUCAGUUCAAGGCAAACUUCCCCCUUAUAGAAUGAUUGUGCCGAGAUUUUCUGCAUUCAUUUUAUUUGUUUUGUCUGAUGAUCACAAAAUAAAUCUAUUUUCAUCCAACGAAA